UCAUCGCCACCGCUGAGGUUCCAUUGAUCUUGCGGCAUGUCAGAAAGCACCCUUUGUUUCACUUGACAGAGCUCCACCUGAUGGCAACCCUGGGGCUUUCUGCUUUCGUUUAACCGCAAUCAAUGUGCUUGAGUAGCGUGCAUCAAUCCUUAUGCAGACACGACUCGCAACACCGCCUUGUCCCCUUCGAGGUCUGUACACAAUACUUCGUGCUCUGGCAGUCGUCACUUUCAUGGUUGUGACUAUGCAGCAACUGCGAGCGGUGAUCUGCGUGGCGUCAGGCACUUGUUCUUGCCAAUUCCAGAUGUCAGUGUCCAGGGCAGCUCUUGGCAAGUGUGAGAGAGAGCAUCUUGCGAUCGGUCCGCUCUGAUCAAGUCGGGUACUUGAAGUAGAAAUAGAGUAACGCCAUGGGCACUACGGCAUGG